AUGCCAGCUGUGAGGGCGUCGAGAAGUGCUGCCGGACGGGCUGCGGGGCCUCUUGCCAUCUCCCAAAUGGUAAUGCUGGCCCUCCUGUGCCCCCACUGCAAUCCUUCUGCCCCCCAGGAGCCAGUCUCAGCUAGGCAGCACAAGGUUGAACUGUGGAACUCACUGCCACAGGGGACCCUGAUGGGCACCAACUUGGAAGGCUUUAAAAAUAGGUUUGGAUAUCUCAGCAGAGGAGAGGAAUCUUCCACUCUAUCUCCACAGAGGGGAGAGGGCUCUGGUGCCCAGAUCCUGCGUGCAAAUUUUCCAUGGGCCACUGUGUGAACUGGAGGCUGGACUCCAUGAGCCACUGGCCUGAUCCAGCAGCUCCUCUUUUAAUCUUAGGCCUCAGCUUCAGCACCAUGGUGCCAGGUGUUAUGAGUGGGGGGUGGGCUGCCUGUUAUGGAAGCCCCUGCCCCAUCUUUCCAGCAGUCAGUGGCCCCAUGCCCAGGCCCCUCUGAAUGGAUGCAGAAUGGUCAGGUUAUAAGUUGGGCAUACAAGGUAUGCAGGUGAGGCCUGGGGUCUCCUGAUGUGUGGAACGUCCUUGCAAAGAGCAGUGUUUGGGAUUUUGCUCCUUCUGUGGCAUAAAGGAGGGAGGUGGCAUUUAAACAGGGGUUGGAUGAUUUAGCUGAGGUUCCUGCAUUGCAGGGGGUUGGACUAGAGGACCUUCAGGGGUCCCGACUUUAUGGUUCUGUGAUUCUAAGCUUCUUGGUAGGAGGGUGAGAGAGCUGUGCAGGAUCCAGCCUGAAGCUGUGACAACCAGGAUCCUGCACAAGCAGGAGACAAGCAUCUUCUUUGUGGAAUGAUAGAAUUGCAGAGCUGGGAGAACUGGAAGGGACCCCGGGGUUCAUCUGUGUGGUAAUUGUACACAGUUAUGCGGAAAUUGCCUGGGGUCAUUUGGCCCUAUUUAAUAGUUCUCUUUUUCUCUCCUAGAAAAGACUACCAAGACACUUUGUUUGAAAAUAACACUUUACUUUUACUUGGUAUUCUGAAACAUAUUUACAUGAAUUCAUAUAUGAGACUGGCAAAUAUUUACAGACACACAGCAGCAUCAAAAUAACACCUGCUGCUCUCACAAUUAAAACGCACUCUCUGCCUUUGACCACUGACCCAACAGUGGUGUUAACAUCAUAGGAUUCUGUGCUACAGCAUUAACCCUUGCAUAACAGUUUGGAUGCGCCAUUCCCUACAUCUAGCCCAGCACCCAGCAGGGCAGAAAUGUCCUGCCACUCCAGUCUGCAAAGAGUAACCACGUUCCUUAAGUGACUGGAGCCCCAUGCGCUAGUGGGGCAGGAUGGGGUACAAAGGUGCCUGCUCACCCUCCUCCGGUUAGGGAGGCCUUCACGGGAAUUACUGGUGGCUUUUUGGAAGUAAGGAAAAGGUAAAGGGACCCCUGAGCAUUAGGUCCAGUCAUGGCCGACUCUGGGGUUGCGGCGCUCAUCUCGCUUUAUUGGCCAAGGGAGCCGGCAUACAGCUUCCGGGUCAUGUGGCCAGCAUGACUAAGCCGCUUCUGGUGAACCAGAGCAGCACACGGAAACGGCGUUUACCUUCCCGCCGGAGCGGUACCUAUUUAUCUACUUGCACUUUGACGUGCUUUUGAACUGCUAGGUUGGCAGGAGCAGGGACCGAGUAACGGGAGCUCAUCCCGUCGCAGGGAUUUGAACCUCUGACCUUCUGAUCGGCAAGUCCUAGGCUCUGGGACAGCCCAUUUUGCUGCCUGAGGCAAAAUGUUCAGGUUCCAAGCGCACCCCACCCCUUCUGAAGCCUGGCUUGCUGGGGUCGUAUGAUUGUGGCAGAGGCUUCUGGAGGCAGCCUCCACCACAGGAGAAGUGGCUGUGGAUUUUUCUUGGUUCUCUGGUGGGGGGCAGGAUGGGGUGGGCAGGAGGCACAAGCGGUGGCAUUGGAGAAGUGAGAAACGGCAAGAAGAGCUCGUGCAGGGAUCCCCUGGGUAGCCCCAAAACACUUCCAGGCUCCCCUUGGAAAGUUGCCCAAGUCUUCAGCUGAGCUUCUCCACAAAGCAGUGGGGAUUCCUCUGUUUGGGCACUUUCAGUUCUGCGUUUUCAUGAUGCUGUUAAAUGCCAGGCUAAGCCUGCCAACCCCGUGGGCUGGGCUGGCCUUCGGAGGUGAGAUGGUGCCCCAUCUAGGCUGAUAGAGAUGCGGAGAACUUUGCUUCUUAAGAGAAUCUCCUUUUCGUCUCUGCGGGGCCGACGUUCCCCAUUCGGAGAAGGUACUCCUGCCUCGUCGCUGAGGCAUUUCUCUUUCGCAACCAGCUGCAGUUCCAGGAAAUACUUAAUAUAGUGCUUAAUAUAGUGCUUCUUUCCCUGUUGAAAUCCUUUAAUGGGCGUCUCAUACAGGCAAGAACUUAGUGUUGACUCAGGGCGUGUGCAAACCGUACGAUCAGGCGCACCCACUGAUGGGUGCAGGUGCCGUUUUGGGGUCCUGUGCCUGCAACAUCAUCCCCAUGUUGCCCUUAGAAUCAUAGAAUUGUAAUUUGGAAGGGACCCCAAGGGUCUGCACUAUUUAACUCAUUUUGUCCCAAGAAGGCCCUUCUCAAGAGCUCAUGGCCUGCAUGGAGCUUUCUGAGGUCACCUUCGACUGCAGCAGACUGACGAACUUUGCAGGGCUGUGCUUUCCACUUCCCGUGUUUAACAUGUCUAUGAAUGAAAUGCUUUAGCUAUGAUCACGGGAUUUGAGGGGGGGGGGUCCCUUCCAACUGUAUAAAAUAGGCAGGAUAGCAGGGCAGCAACCUUGCCAUCUCUAUAGACUGAUAUCUAUCUAUCAUCUUUAUCUCUAUCUAUCUAUCAUCUAUCUAUCUAUCCAGCCAGCCAGCCAUCCAUCCAUCCAGUGCUUCCCGCCCCCCCAAAAAAUGUUUAGGAGUACUCUCAUUUUCCUACUUAUAUUGAAAUACUUCCCCUCAAUGAAGCCAAACUUAGAUUCACAAAAUGUUUAGGUGUAUGCGAUAUUAGGAUUCCUGCUCCGUGAUUGCAGUCAUGUGAUUGUUGUCUAUCACAUGACGGUGUAUGUUUUGACUCCAGAGUGGGAAGUGAUGGAGACAGGAUGUUUGUGUUACUGUGUUCCGUGAAGUAGGACUAUUGUCCUUUGUUCUUUUUCUCUUUGCUGUCUGAUGCUAGAGAGAGAGGGAGCCAUGUUGCAGUGCUCCGUGUGUGUUUAUAUGUAAAUAAAGUAGAUUAGCCAAAAUGCUGAGUUGCUGAGGUCUGUCACGCAAGCUGCGAAGACUCUGUGGAUCCCUAAGUGUGCUGAUGUCUGUUGGCAUCAGUCGCUAUGAUGUUCGGGCUGAAGAAAGCUUUUGACGCUCCUGAACGAUUGACCAAGAGGGAAAGAACAUGCCAGUCGGGCAUGUGUCUCUGCCAGGGUCCUACUCAAGUGCAGGUCAAGCUCCUGACAAUGGUUAUGGGCCCAGGGAUUGGGGCCACACACCCAAUGCCAGCAGAGGAAGAACCGGGGUUGUUUUUGUCCCGGUUGGAGUCUCCUGGAACUGGCAGCACGAGGCAAGCCUGUUCAGAAAGGCCAGCAGAAGAAGGAUUGAUUUAUAGCAGUCUGAUAAGGACAGUAAAAGGGUGUUCCAGCUUAAACUAAGCUGCAGAAUGGACCUCCUGACAUGCAUACCCUCGCGUCCCCCAGAAAAAGAAAGCUAUCUAUCUAUCUAUCUAUCUAUCUAUCUAUCUAUCUAUCUAUCUAUCUAUAUCUAUCUAUCUAUCUGUCUAUCUAUCUAUCUUUGCAUCUACUGUGAGGCAAUGUGAGGCAAGUACCAGUAUCUCAGGCAGCAUGAUCCACGUGGCAGGAGAUCUAGCCUCCGAUGAAUGCAUCACCGCCGGCGCCUGCGCUUGAUCCUGCAGUGAUAGCAACAGCUGUGUUGCACUCCUGGUGCACUUCUUGGAAGGAAGGCUGCCACCCUCCUCAGGUGCCCCCCACCCCCGUUCUGCCUCUACAGUGGCCUUUGGGUGAAUAGGUGGCACUGACACUCUCCCCCACCCCUAGGGAGGAAAGGGCGGGGGCUGCCUUCUGGCGCCUCCUGGGGUUUGCACCGCCCAGCAUCUUUCAGUGGGCCUUUCCCCCUCUCCUUGCAGCAGCCUUUGAUUCCCAGAUUGAAGGUUGAUUUGACCCCCACCAACCCCACACUCUUGUUUCCAAUGUAGAUCUUCACUCAGCCUUUUUUCCCUGGCAGGGGGCACCGUUUGAUGGUUCAACUCGUGUGCCCAAAGGUCUUGGGCUGGGCCCCAGGGGUUGGGUAUGUAUAUGCAGAACCCUUGGAACUCCCACCAUUAAAAUAAAAAAUAGAAAAAAAGUUAGCGGAAACAGUGAUUGAGGGGAGGGGAACACAGAAGACUGGUGCACACUAGUUUGUAAGGGUGCCCACCUGUGUGCAUGGACAACACAGAGAGUAGCUAGGACUAGCAGUAGCUAGGACGUGCAGCCUAGGACCCACGUACCUACGGGACUGCCUCGCCUGGUAUGCCCCGCAGAGGGCCUUAAGGUCCACAAAUAACAACACUUUGGAGGUCCCGAGCCCCAAGGAGGUUAGAUUGGUUUCAGCUAGGGCCAGGGCCUUUUCAGUACUGGCCCCAACUUGGUGGAACGCUCUGUCACAAGAGACUAGGGCCCUGCGGGACUUGACAUCUUUCCGCAGGGCCUGCAAGACAGAGCUGUUCCGCCUGGCCUUUGGUCUGGACUCAGUCUGUCCCUUAUGUUUCCCUCCCCUUAUGGUCUUGAUUUAUCGGCUAUUUUAAAAUGAGGCUGCAUUUUAAAUUGCAUUUUAACCUGUAUUUUAAAUUGGGUGUCCCCCCCCUCUCUUUUUCCCCUAUUAUGUUUUUACUGUGAUUUUAUUGGUGUUAGCUGCCCUGAGCCCGGCUUUGGCCUGGGAGGGCAGGGUAUAAAUAUUAUUAUAGCUGCUGCUUUAGACAAUGUUAUUGUGUGUCCAAUUGCAUACUUAUUUGUACAAAUGAUCUAUGAUCUAGUUGAGAAUCCUACAAUAUAGGGCAGCCUUUCUCAACCUGUGGGUCCCCAGAUGUUGUUGAACUACAACUCCCAUCUACAACUCCCUAGCUAGCAAGGCCAGAGCUCAGGGUUGAUGGGAGUUGUAGUCCAACAACAUCUGGGGACCCACAGGUUGAGAACCUCUGUUAUAGGGGGUUGGACUGGAUGACCCUUGGGGGUCCCUUUCAACUCUACAACUCUAUGAAAAGUGCAGUGUGGAAAAGGAACUGGUGUGAGCUUCAAAGGCUUCCUGUGUCCAACCUCAGAGGUAAGUCUUGUCCAGUCCUAGAAAGUGUGCUUGGGGCGGCAGCCGUCCGUCUGCAGCAGAGGCCUCCCCUUUAAGGCAACUGCUGCUGCUUCCACUUCUUACUGGUUCCCCACAAUAGGCAUCUGGUUUUCCACUGGACUAGAAGGGUCACUGGCAUGAUCCAGCCGUCAGGCUCCUCUGGUGUUCUUUGUGACUCUGAAGCACCAUCUCCUUCUUCCUCCCCUUCCUUCCACCCUUCCUUGGUCUUCUGCUUUGCAGGAUCCUUCUGUGAUUCCACUCCAAACAUUGCUCUCCCUCGCCUUCACCUGCCUGCCCACGAGCAGUGAAAAGCCUGGGCUGCCCUGGAGGAGAAGACCCACUGCCAGAUGGGUGGCAGAGGCUGCCUCUGCGCUUGCCUUCCUUUAUUCCCUGUGGCUCCAGACAUCUCUGCCUGCUCACUCUCUGCUCUUCUCCCCUUGCAGAUAAGCCAGGCACUUGCCCCAGCCUUUCCAUCGGGAUCUCCAUGCUGGGCGCCUGCCACAAUGCGUGUGAAGUGGAUUCGAACUGCCCAGGGGACAAGAAAUGCUGCCAGAACGGCUGCGGCAAAUUGGCCUGUUCCACUCCUGAAUUCUGAGGUGACCCCGUUGUGGGAAUGUUCAGGGAUGCAGGAGAGGAUAUAUUGUCUGAUUAUAGCCUUUCCAACUUGUGUUAACAAGCUCACAAUUUAGCAGAGUAACAUUCCCCUUUUUAAACUCACAGCAGAUGCGUUAGCUCAGGCUCGCUAAAGCCUCUAUAAUAACUGUUCUUGUAUUUUCCCCUUAUUCCCUCAUAAAAGAUAAGACACGACACAGUCUUCUAUAAAAGUAUAAAAAGGUUUACUCACACAUCAUUUUGUUCACAAUAGGAUCCCAGAAGGCAGACUUAGCUUAGAAAAGUAACAUAUACCUAGAAACUAUCUCAUAAGAAGACAGUCCCUUUGUCCUUUCUGGUCUGGAAGCCAAGAGAGCAUCUUUGGCUGAGCAGAUGUUGCUUCUUCGAUGCAUGUAGUCAAAGAGAGAGAGAUGGCUGCCCUGCCCUGUGCUUUUGUCGUUACCUUCACAGGUGAGGCCACGCCCACCUCUAGUCACAUGCAGAGAAAGUCUGUCCCAGCCCAGAAGGAAACAGGAAGUUUACCUGCUGGCUGGACAAACUUUCCUCCCCAUGUGUAAACAUGUUCACUCUAGGAAUGUUGUACUUGACUGCUCUUGUGUUUCACAUCCCACAAAUCCCAUAACCUGCCAUGAGCUCCCCACAGGGUUUACUUAGGCAUCACGGUAUCGACCCACUAGCAGGAUUUCUGUGGGACAUUUAUGAUGCUGGGGUGGUGAGUGUCGUGGGCUGGAUUCUGCCAGCCCAGCUCUGGAGUGCCUGCAAAACACAGGCCUUGCAACAGCGCCUUUUCCCACCUUUAUGUUGUGAACUGCCCUGAGAUCUUCAGAUGGAGGGCAGAGUCUAAAUUUAAUAAAUGGUAAUAAUUGCAAAGGCACCCGCCUGCACCGAGGCUGGACUCACCCUCUCCCUCUCUCAUCUUCCCUCUCCAGAUGCAGCGUCCCGGACCUUGUGGAGCAGCAGCAGUGGGGGACCCUCCACAGACCCUGACCUGA